AGUAAAUAAUGCAUCUCACCCCCCCCCACCACGCCUCUCUCUUCCAGGCAUGUAAGCACGAACCCCCAAUCCCGAAGGCUGCCGCUCCGUACUCGGCCUCCCACACCAAGACCACCUAGAGACCAGCUCGGUGAGCCAAAGUCGUUAACCGGAAGGCGCAGUAGCCCCCGCCUGAGCGAUGCAGCCAACCGCAUUCACGGGCCGACAGGCCUCCCUCCUGAAGGACUCGCACAAUGUGCAACGGCAUAAUAAGGGACGCUGCGAACCCCGUACUCCCGGAAUCCCUUCAGCCCAGGCAGGACAGAUCGACCUUCAGGGGGCGGCCGACCCGGACAACAAAGAAGUUGAGGUCCAGCUGCCCCCCGAAAGGAUCGAUUCCAUCGACAGCUACACCGAGUCCCACUACUCCCAUUCCUCCCAUUCCUCCAACUCGUCCCACUCCACUGCCAGCUCCGCAAGUUUCCCGCUCUCCCGCACCUGCAGUUUUGCUACCUCUGUCUCUCAUCCCGACUCGGAUGACGACGCAGCGAACCAGCAGCGUCGUCAGCUUCAUCAGCGUCACUACAGCCUCCCAGCUCACAGCCUCCCAACUCGCAGCUUCCCAACUCGCAGCUUCCCAACUCGCAGCUUCCCGGUUCGAACACUGUCACAAGCCCACGCCAAUUACGUCCAAGAUAUGGACGUAUCUACCCGAAAGGGCUCUGUAUCUGCGAAGAUGUCGUCGAGCCAUAGCCUUCCGGUGGAAGAGGCCUCAGUUUGGUCGGCGCCCAGCACGCCGCAACCGUCGUCGGUGCCGAGCUCCCCAAGCGGUCGGACAACGCCGGGAAGGGCGACGGGCAAGCCGGAAGAGACAGGAGCAAUGGCCAGCUUGCCAGAAUGCGCGCCCAACCAAUCCCCAUGUUGCCACUUGCCCAAAGCUGUCUGGGACGGCAACAAUGUCACUUGCGACGCACAGGCACCCAAGGAGAGCACGAGGGACUCGGAAGAAUGCCAGUCGGCCGAAGGGACGGCCACGCCCAAUAGCUCCAGCUCGUCGAGCGGCCAAGAGACGCCACCGAGGCAGUGGCCGGGAGACAGGCUGACCGAAGAGGUGUGCGACACCCUCCUCAGAGACGCGUUCGGGGUUGAACUCCAGGAUCUUCCCGCGCACAUGGCUGUCGAGGCAUGGGAACCUGUAAACAUAUGCCUGGAGCAGUUGUCGAACCUGCUGGGUGCAAACAAAUCCCUUGGCUUCUCGCUGCCCAUCCGAGUGGCAGCACAAGACCAACCUUGCGGAUCCAAGGGUGGGUCUGAUUACCCACAGGGCAAUGGUCAAGGGCGCGGCAAUGGUCUAGAUAGGGGCCGGAAGCGCCCGAAGCCGCCAUCUCACCCUAGGCGCAUCGACGACGGUGACAACGGUGGCGAUGGCGACGACGGCAAUGAUGACUCGGAUGACGAGCAGAGUCCGGGAAAGGGGUCGGGAAGAAAAAAGCCAAAGGUCGAUGAGCCACCAGAUCAGCAGCUGAGUUGCCCAUACCGAAAGAGGAACGCUCUCCGGUUCAAUAUCAGGGAUCACAUGCCUUGUGCGACUGCCUCGUUCAUUGAUAUUCCCGCUGUCAAGCGCCAUGUAAGGCUUCAUCACAGACGUGGGUUGACCAUCCACGGGUGCCCUCGAUGCAACAAGGAUUUGAAGACGAAGGAUGCCCUGAGGGCACACCUCAAGGCCGAGUCAUACAACAUGUGCCACGUUGUGCCGGACAGGCCGUGCGACGACCCAGAGGAUGGCAUCACGGACACGAUCGAGGGGAUGCUCAACGGGCGCAAAUUGCACACUAAGAUCGACAACUGGCAUGGACUCUGGAAGGCACUAUUCCCGAAUGAUAGCGACAACAAGGUUCCAUCUCCAGAGUUCCUACCCCCCGUGGAGCUCCCCGAAAUCAGGUGGGAAUUCGACAACGCAGCCGACGACCUGCGCCGCCGCGUCGAGACCGAGGCCCAAGCCAUCCCCGACCUCAGCCACGAAGCCCAAUGCCACACGGCCGCGCAGUUGCAGGCCGCCCUCUGCGGACACGUCAGCCUGGUCCUCCAGAACUGCCAACUCCACGUCGCCUUUGCGCCCCGCAGGCGCCAUCGCCAACAGCACCACGACAGUACCAGCCCCGGCACCGGCUCCUCUGGCCAGGCGGUUGGCCCGCACCACCCCUUUCCCCCCUCGACACCCCGCCGCAUCGCGCCCGGGGCGCCGCUACACGCCUGGCCGGCUAGUGUCGGGAGCAGUCUGUCGUCGUUGUCGAGCGCGGCGUCGUCGUACGUCACCACGCCCUCAGAACCCCAGCAGCAGCAGCAGCAGCAGCAACAGCAACAGCAACAGCACCAGCUCUCUCAAAACCAGUUGCAACAACAGCAGCAGCACCACCACCACGGCCAGCAGCCAUACCUCCAGCUCCACCCGCAGUACCGACAACACCAGAACCAGCUGCUGCCGCCGAGCUCGUACCCCGCCGCCGCGGCCGCCGACGGCGCCCCGGAGAAGCGGCCCAAGGGGCCGCCGUGUCGGGACUCGGGUGUCGUGCUGGAGCCUGAGGAUAGCGUGACGGGGAGCUACUUGGAGUUGAUUAAUGAUGGGGACUUUAGCGAUGGGGACGGGUUUAAGUUUACGGAGUUCCAUUGAUUGACGGGCGUCGGGUCUGUCUGCUGUGGCUGGAGUCGGGUAUACAUGUAUAUUUAGGCGUUGGGUACUGCUUAGGUUCAACUGGGCUGUGCCAUAGGGAACUUGCUUCUUGGCUUGCGGCGUUCUGGUUUGGGCUCUUGUCCCCCGGAGCCUGCCUCCCCGGAUCCUGCCUGGUCACAGUUCGUAUAUUCACGCAUGCGAGU